AUUUCAAUAACACAAAAUAUUGUUUUAUUGGUUGUGCACUUAUCGUUUUUAUCGAGGAACCAAGAUUCAUUUAUGUCUUUUACAAAAAGGGCAUAUGAAAAGAGACGCAUUAGACGUGUCCAAAAGGAAUAUUAAAUACUAGAAUUUUCAUCAGUACAUAUAGAAAAAAAAUCGAAUGUUGGAACUUGUAAAAGAAAUGAUUUCUUAUCUUGCGAAAAUCCAAAAGAAUAUUUUGACCAUCAUGAGUCAUCGAUUUUGUACAAUGAAUACUCUAAUGACCAAAAGCCUGAUAAGUAUAAGCAUAACCCAACUUUAAAAGAAAGUUUUUCUGCAUGUUUUUCUAACCAAGUAAUGUUGCACUAAACAAGUGGAUUGACAAAGAAUAGCAACAAAUUUAUUGUCCCAAAAAAAACUAUAAUCAUGCACUGAAAAACAACCUUUCGUCAACAAAAGAAUGGCUCAAAUUUCCAUUGAUAAAGUGUAAGAUAACAGAUGGUCAGUAUCUAACUUGUUUUGUCUUUUUUUUAGAGGUAACAAUUACUUUUUUGUAGCAAAAUGUUUUAUAAUUAUAUUCAUAUUCAUGUUGUGAAGAAUACAACUUUCUACAUCAGAUGAGAUAUAUGUUAAAGAAAGCAUUAAAAAUAAGAAUAACAAAUCAUACCGCUCUUCAUUGCCAGAACCUCCGCCACCUAUUAUGAAUAAGCCCAAUGCUAAAAAGUUGUUAUCAGAUUCAGAGAUUGAAGAAGAUAUUUUUCUCUUCACAUUUUAUUGAUGAACACAAUAAAACCAAGCAAAGUUCACAUUGUCAAAGAGUUUUAAGUUUUAAUGUUUCCAAUCUGCCUCUUUUGCCUUUGUCUGAUUCUACAGAUAAAGUUUUAACUGAUUUAAAAAAGAUGCAAAAUGUUAUUCUCAAGGAGCUUGCAGAAAUAAAAGUUCUUUUAAAAGAAGUUAUAGAAAUUAAAUUUCAGGCUACUGGGGUGAAGUUGCAAGAAUCAGCGGACAAAGUGGUUACACUGGAUAAUAAACUAAAAGAUAAAACCGAGUAUACUAAUUUGCUUGAUAGUUUGAAAAAGAUUGUUGGCGGAAAGCCAAGAGAACAUGUUUUUUUAAUCAUGAAAAGGUUAUUUUCGAAUCAAUUACGGUCCAAAUUAAAUGAAAAGGAAAUGGGGAAAAGAUAAGAUAUAUAUGGAGUGUUUUACGAGAUAUGGGCGACGUGGAAGAAGAUGUUGACGGCAAUGCAGAAAUAUAGUUUCUUAUGUAUAUUUUUGUGAAAUAAAAUUAAGUAAUUUUAGUUAAAA